CUUUCCAAUUUCUAUAUUUCCUACUUGGCUGCUAUUUCCGUCGCUCCCUGGGUUGCUUUCUUUUUCUUGUAUAACACGCCUCCUCGCACCUGCCAAACGCCUCCUCCGCUCCUUCCCCCGUCGCCAGCUCUGCCCCUCACCAUCCCCGCGAAGAGACGUCCGCCAAACGAGACGACACUGCCGAUCUCCUGCACCUCCUUCACACGCGCUGAAGACACAUCGGCCCUUUUCAACCACACAAGCCAAAAUCCGGCUUUCGUCCCUCAACCGUUAACGAUCGCCGUCAUGUCUUCCCACCCGAGUCUCACCAGCACGUACCGUGCGCGCGCCUCCCUCCCCACGACUGGACCCCUGGCCUCGUACCUGCUGAGCCUGAUAUCUGUCAAGCAGACCAACCUCUGCCUCUCCGCCGAUGUCGAGACGUCAGCCGAACUCCUACAACUGGCAGAAGAUGUCGGUGACUCAAUCUGCCUGCUCAAGACGCACUGCGACAUUGUCACCGACUGGUCCGACAGGACAGCCCAGGCACUGAGGGAAAUUGCAAAGCGCAAGUGGUUCCUUAUCUUCGAAGACCGAAAGUUUGCGGAUAUUGGUGAAACCGUACAGAAGCAGUACACUUCUGGACACCACCGAAUCGCACUCUGGGCCGAGAUCACAAACGCCCACGUCAUCCCCGGUCCAGCCAUCGUGACCGCGCUCGAGAAAGCUGCCGACGCGACCAUUGCCAAGUACAACACAUCUGUAAACACCGAGAUUUCUGCCACGCGACAAUCCAACGGCGCCGAUGAUGACGAUGAAGAAGAGGAGCCUGUGGCACGCGAUUCGGCAAUCGAGUCGCCAAUUGAGAUGGAGGGCGAAGAGAGACGGCUGAGCAUCAAGGCUGCCGACCGGAAGCACAGCGUUGUGAGCGUGACAACCUCGAUAUCCAUGCGGACGGAGAGCAUAUCACCUCGUCCAGAGCCCAACGCCAACAGCGAAGAAGUCUUCAACCUAGACGUAGCUACCGAGCUCGUUCGUCUUGGCCCACCACCUUUCCUCCGGUCCCUCCUGUUGCUUGCGGAGAUGAGCUCCGAAGGCCAUCUUAUGACACCAGAAUACCAAAAGAGGACUGUCGAGAUCGCUCGAAGCCGUCACGAGUUCGUCAUGGGCUUCAUUGCUCAGCACAGCUUGAACACUGAACCAGAGGACAACUUCAUCACCAUGACACCGGGCUGCCAGCUUCCGCCGCCGGGUCAGGAAGGCAAGAAGCUGGGCGACGCUUUAGCUUCCAUGUCACUCUACUACGAAGCCGCGGCGGUCCUCGCAAACACAGAGAAUACCGGUGGAUCUCUGAAGUCGCGGAUAUACAACAAAAAAGACUUGAAGAGCACACCUGGCCAAUUGUUUGCCCUCAUCGCGGAAACGUCAAAAUGGUCCAUCGUGCUCAAAGAUGUGAUUGAAAAGACAAGAUUGCUUGCAGAGGAGCGGAAGCUUACCCCAAUACUCGCUCUUCUUCUUACACACGACCUGUUGCUUGCGAAAAACGGCGUUGCUGCAGCCACCAGCCAUGUCCUUAGACUCGCAAUAACUCGACAUAAAGCCCGCCUAAGCGCCGAACUCACCAAAUCCCGCAUACGAUACGGAUACGCGACCAUAGAGGCUUUCAGAGAGGCUGUGAACGACGGCGAGCUUGAUAAGGACGACAGCGAUGCGCCCAAGAGUCGGCACCCACGGUGGGUACGCGUCAACACUGUAAAGACGACGUUACAGCAACAGCUUUCAACAACAUUUGCCGGAUUUGUGAAGACGAAUGAUCUGAGCGAAGUGCUGUCUGCGCCUAAGAAGUCGAAAAUAUACUACGAAGACCCGAACAUACCAAACCUACUUGCCCUACCGUCCAAGAUCGAUCUGAGCAGGUCGAUCGCGUAUACCAAGGGUCAGAUCAUAUUUCAGGAUAAAGCUUCAUGCUUUCCUGCCUAUCUGUUAGAUCCGCAGCCGGAUGAUGGCGAUGUUAUCGACGCGACAGCAGCACCAGGAAAUAAGACAACGCAUCUAGCGGCUAUCGUAUCUGACAGGAGACAACCCGGUAACGAACAAAAGGUCAUCGCAUUCGAACGCGACAAGGGCAGGUCCUUCACUUUGCAGAAGAUGGUCAAGCUCGCGUCAGCGGACAGCAUUGUUCAGGUCAAAGGCAGUAGUGAUUUCAUCGCUGCGAAGCCUGGGUCUGACGAGUACGCCAAUGUGGGUGCUAUAUUGCUCGAUCCAAGCUGUUCUGGUACCGGUAUAGUUGGGCGAGACGACGCUAUCAAAAUGCACCUACCAGAAACGCCUAACAGCCGACCAGUGGCGCCAAAGCCCGAGAAGAAAGACAAGAAGCGAAAACGAGAUGAUGAAACAAGCAAGGCUGAGGCUUCAGCAACCCUUGACUUGGACAUGGAUGACUCAACUCCUGAAGAGACAGACACAUCAAUGCAGGGCAAGCUCUCUGAGCGGCUGGCAGCUCUAUCAUCUUUCCAGCUCCACAUCCUCACCCAUGCUAUGCGAUUUGCGAGCGCACAUAAAAUCACUUACUCGACCUGUUCAAUUCAUUUCGAAGAGAACGAGGGUGUUGUCUUCCAGGCAUUAGCAUCUUCUAUUGCAAAAGAACGGGGGUGGUCAAUUCUGAAGCGCGAUGCUCAGGUCGAGGGAAUGAAGAAGUGGUAUAGACGAGGUGUUUGGGAGGACGAGAAGCUAGAAGUUGAUGUACAUGAAUCCUCGAAGAGUGAUGUGCUAGAAGCUUGUAUUCGAUGCGACAAGGGCACGGAAGAAGGUACGAUGGGUUUCUUCGUUGCUGCCUUUGUUCGAGAUGGCAGCGAGGACUCGACACGAAUUACUGAUGCUGUGAUUGCCGAGGAUGAGGAAUGGAAUGGGUUUAGUGGUGAUGAAAAGGUUGAAGAGAAAGUAGAGCCUGUAGAGACAGGAACAGCAUUGCUCAAGCGGUGGGCCGAAACAUGUCCUGAGAAGAUUCAUCCCAGGCGCUCACACAGGCUGGGUGACCUGGGUUUCGUAGCUGGCCAAUGGUGGAUCAACCCAUUGUUCGCACACCAUGCUGGCAUCAUCGGGCUCGAAGCUUGUAACGGUGGCACAACGUACGACAAGCACGGCGCCUAUGCUCUACUGCUCAAGGAUACAGGUGAGAUCGAAGCCGCAUCUGAACAGCGCUUCACCUAUCGCGUACCACAAACCGACAAAGGCAAAUUUCGUCUGACCUCUGCCACUCCCAAAAGCCGUGAUCCUGUAAGAGUACUUCGCAGCCACAGUAUCAACAGCGUUUGGGGCCCAAAGGCUGGUGUAAGAUAUGAAGGCUUGUAUAGCGUCAAAGGAUGGUCCAUAAAACAAGCAAAAAGUAGUGAUCUCGCCGGCGAGCAAUGGAAGGAAGGCGAUAUCCUAUUCGACGUCAACUUCGAACGUACAGACUCCGUGCCUAUGGACAUAGUCACCAAACGGCCUACCGCAACCGAAGUAGACGACUACGCCGAAUACAAGCGCCUGCGCAAGGUGAACCGAGACGGAAAGCGUAAAGAACCAAGCGUGGUACCUAUCAAAGAUGAUUUCUCGAUACCCCUCAAAACUGCUCCUCCAGUGCUCCCAGCGCCUCUCCCGGUCGUCGAGGAUACCUCUUUGAACUCUCGCCGCAAGGCUGUCUUCAAACAUCUCCACUUCGACGAAGAAGCCCACGUCCAUAUGCUCGAGAAAGAGGUCAUACUCUCCCCCAAAUCCAUCCCAAAGACCGACCCUCUUACUCUCGCAGCCACAACAGCAGGUAAAAGCAACACCCUCGCCGUCCCCGCAUCGCUCAUCCGCACAAACACUCAUUAUCAUCAAGGACACGGAAAAACCGACAAUCUACAGAGCGAACAGCGCGGAAAAGCUAGCCCAGUUGGUUCAAAUACCAGUAGUGCACACACAUCCAUCAGCACAUUCCCUGGAAUCAACAUCCACGAAGUGGCACCCUGGAUCGAUUAUGACGUUGGACUAACAGUUCCUUCGCCAACAGAAGAUGAAACCGUUAUCCAUCAACGACCAAUCAUCACGCAGUCUAUUGCUACAGAAUCGAUCAAGACGAUUGAUACCAGAUCGUCUGUCAAAUUGGGUGGCACAUCGCGCAGCAAUUCUGGGACGAUAAGACAUAUGGGUCUGCCAAGCGCUUCUGUCAACGAGAGUGAUCGUGAUGAUUACUAUCAUGGAAAGAGAAAAGACGAAAGUUUCAAAGAUGGCCUUAGUCCGCACAGUACUUUGAAGAAAGACGGAAACAAACGGAAAAGUAUUUUGGUCAAAGGCAGACAUUCUACGGCUAAGCUUUUUGACGGGGUUGUCGAUGUGAAGAGAAAGAAGAAGAGGCGUGAUAUUGAAUCGACAGGUCUAGAUGGUGGUGGUGGCAGUGUGGUGUUCAGAGAUCUUUUCAAAGACUUCGACUUCAGUACAUAG